AUGUCGACUCAGACGAUGGCUGGGGCACCGGCACCAGCCAAGGCGGCGGGACCCAACCUCAACAAGAAUCCGCGAAUGGUGUCGACAUGGCACCUCAAACCAGCAGACGAGCUAUCUUGGGAGCAGAGAUUGAUUCUCAAGUUAAAUGUGUUGCAACAGGCCAAGGAUACCCCAAAGCCUCCGGUCUUUAGCAAGGAGAAGGGCGAUAAGGUGCCGUACCUUCCUGUCUACACUGAGCAGUGGAAGUGGAUCAUGCCGAGGGCGCUCUUGCCCUUGGCGAUCCACGGCGCGUUCCAAAAGUUAACGGGCUGGAACUUCCAUCCAGCUUUCGCCUUUGUCUACUACUUCUUGGCCUUCAAGUUCACCGCACUCGCAGCCGUCCGAUCCUUCAACCGCAUGGGUCAGCGAUACGGUUACUUUGACGGUGCUGUGCCGCGCGAUGGCAUUCCGGACAAUAUGAGCGGCAAGGUGCUGUGGAGCAUGCUUGGCACUGUCAGCAUUAGACCACUCUUUGCCAUCUUUUUGAUCUAUAAUCGCCAAGAAAGUGCAUGGAACAUCGAUCCGUUGAUGCUGCCUGUGCAACUCUUCCUGUACAGCGCCAUCCUCGACUUUUGGUUCUACUGCUACCACCGAGCAAUGCAUACCGUCCCUUGGCUCUGGCAUCACCACGCACUCCACCACAAGACUCGUCAUCCAAAUCCUCUUUUGUCCGCUUUCGCCGACAAUGAGCAAGAGUGGGGAGACAUUCUCGUCAUCCCCCUGUUGACAUGGCUCGUCUUUCCUGUCAACUUCCCCACCUGGUGGGUUUGCCAGGUCUUCAUCAUCUACACAGAGGCGAUGGGUCACUCUGGCGUCCGUCUGUACUGGCAGACACCUAUGACCGGUAAGUGGCGCCCCGUCUUGAGGCUCUUCAAUAUGGAUCUCGCCCUCGAGGAUCACGACUUGCACCAUCGCAGGGGAUGGAAAGUAAGCUCCAACUACGGCAAACAGACUCGUAUCUGGGACACCUUGGGCGGCACCACCCGUGAUCGCAUCGAGGGUACCGAAGACAACAUCGAUUGGGUGAACACUGCCAAAGUACUCUAAAUCACUUUGCAGCUAAUGACUCAUCAACAUUAGACUCCUCUUAGCCACGCACAUCCUCGAUUCGUUGCGAGCCUUCUGCGCUGGGUGCAACUCGACCACUCGUCGACUGAAAUCGACGUAGCAGUGGCAGAGCAUAGCUGAAGCACUCGGCACCGUUGGCACAUCACCGUCACGUCCUUUAUUAUAGUCAUGAUCCAUCUCUAUCACUCGCUCUGCGUUAUCUUCAAUGAAACAACAACACCUGCGCUGGUCACUCACGCCUAAUGAUCCCAUUCCAACUGCCUUGUCCUGUCUCUUUGCAAGUAUACAUGCUCGAGAAUGAAGAUCU